CUUAAACAAUCCGAUGAUUUCGAUUGUUCUUAGAGGGAAGGAAACCGCGGAGGGAUUCAGAAGGGGAAGGUUGGGUGCAGUUAUUAGAGGGAAUUAAAAAAAAAAAAAAAAAAAAAAAAAAGAACACUCUGGACUCUCCUAGGACUGCAAUUCCCGACAUGCCGUGCGCCACAUAAACAUGCUCCGCGAGAGCGCUGUACUGGCGGGAAUUUACUGAGUGUAGAUUCUAAACUGAACCUAGCCAUUUCUGGGCCCCCUAGAUACUUUCCUGACUUAGAGAAGCCAUUAGAGAUUCUUUCAUCCCCGUUUGCCUGUCCGUCUGUCGGUUCGUCGGUCUGCCUGUCUGCCCAUCCAUCCAUCCACCCAUCCACCCAAAAAGUUCUGCUGUGGCUUCUCCAAGCCCAGUGCUCUUUGAAUCUCAAAUGAGACUGGAACGGACAAGCCAACUCUGAUUUUAAGACCAGGAAAAAUGAAUUCUAAAGAAGGAAAAUGAGUCUCCUUAGAACCCAACAUUCUGGCCCCAACCUGCUUCUUAUCUUGUGCUUCAACUCUUCAGAGUGCGGUGAAUUUCCUCCUUUUACUAGGCUUCCUUAUUCUGUCUAAUGUUCUGUCUUUCCUUCUAGACUCCAGGGUCGACCAGCUCCCUGGUAUUGUACCCCAGCACCAAGCACAGAGCUGGCACACACGUUUCACUACUGGGUGACUGACUGCUGUUAAUCAAGUUAGCGAAACUAACUCCUCUGUUUCAAUGCCUUCAUCAGCAAAUCCUUCUCUUUUAACUUUGUGAAUUUAUAUUGAACUUAUUCCCUCCACUUCCACUACCACUGGCUAAGUCAUCAUCAUUCACUUCUUCUUCUUCUUCUUUUUUUUUUUUUUUGGUUCUUUUUUUCGGAGCUGGGGACUGAACCCAGGGCCUUGCGCUUCCUAGGUAAGCUGCUAUACCACUGAACUAAAUCCCCAGCCCCCAUCAUUCACUUCUUAAUUGAAGUAACACUCUUUGAAUACACAGGCUGGGAAAUAUCUCACUGUUAAAAUGUCAUUAACAAAACCCAAACCAGCAUCUACUGCAGUAACCCUUUCCAUACAACCUGUUUCCUUUUGAUACUGAACAACUAGGGCAACCCCAUCUUGUUCUGACGCCAUUUUGUGUUUGAUUAGACAGUUCUCAGCCCUCUAAACCCAUCCCCCAUGGGAUGUCUGUCUUGGCAACACAUUUGAGAUUUUCAUGGCUUUGACCAUGUGUAAUGGUCCAUGAAUGACACCCCAAGCUCAAAUAGUAUAUAUUCUACAAAGAGUGUUUUAUUCUGCAGAAGUCCAGCUUGCUGGGGUCUGCCCAUUACCAAGAUAGACAAUCAAGUGAGCUUGCAGGCCUGAUUUAAAGCACAUUGGAAUUCCAGGGUAGAUGAGCUUUAUCUUACUCUAGCUCUAGGCAUUCCGGAACCAUUAUCCGGACAUGAAUGCUAGAGCCUGGGUUUUGUUUUUUUGUUUUAUUUUUUUUUUCUAUUAGUAAUCGACAUGCUUGUCAUUGCCUGGACUUAGCCAGUUCUUAGGCUUGGUCUUCUUAACUACUAAUUUGAAGCCUGUCAUGGAAUCAGCCUAGCUGUCUCAUGUGGUCCAGUUGUAUUAACCAAAAUAAAGUAAACUAAAGUAACUAGAAAGGAUAUGAGUAAAAAGCAAUUGGCAUGUUCUGUCUAAAAUAAUUACUAUGCUCUUCCAGAAAUGAGUGUUUUAAGGUUACUUUGACACUCAUCUAAUUUUGAUGUAAAUUAUGGUCUUUAUGGAUGUGGUGGUUGAAAGUGCUUGGCCCAGAGAGUGGCACUAUUAGGAGGUGUGUCCUCGUUGGAGGAAGUGUGUCACUGUUGGGGUGGGAUUUGAGACCCUCCGCCUAGGCAUGUGGGAGCCAACCUUCUCCUGUCUGCCUUUGGAUGAAGGUGUAGAAACCUCAGUUCCCUCAGAGCCAUGACUGACUGGAUGCUGCCAUGCUUCUUCCCUUGAUGAUAAUGGGCUGGAUCUGUGAACCUGUAAGCCAGUCUUAAAUGUUUUUUAUAAGAGUUGCCUUGGUCAUGGUGUCUGUUCACAGCAGUAAAACCCUAACUAAGACAGAAAUUGGUACCAGGGACUGGGGUAUUGCUGCGAUAGACCUGAACCAUGCUUUUGUUUGGAAGAAUGUGGAUUUGGGAACUUUGGAUUUGGAAAGCCGUGGAAUGCUUUAAGUGGAGUUUAAUGGGCUCUCCUAGUAGGACUAUGGUAGACUUUGUUGCUGAGGGUGAUUUGAACUGUGGAAGCCCUGGCUCUAGAGGCGUCAGAGGAAAAGAAGUUUAGUAUGUGGCCGAGAGUCUGUUCUUGUGUUAUUUUGGUGAAGAACGUGGCUGCUUUUUGCCCUUGUCUGAAGAGUCUGCCUGAGACUAAGGUGAAGUGAGUAAAAUUAAUCGCAUUGACAAAGGUCUCAAAACAUACCAGUUUAGACUCUGCUGUGGUUUAGUUUCAUGAAGAGCAUUUUGAUAAAGCAGAGCACGUUGAAAAAGGAAAAAGUACAAAAUGUGUGAUUCAAGUAAUAAAGGGGCACCAGGAAGUGCAUGGAGCUGAAUCCUGUGUUCAAGGAGAUAAACAGAUGGUGACCUCAGGGCAGGAUCCUGCCCAGUUAAGUUUAUUGUUUAUGCGGUUGCAUUUGAACAGGAAUAUUAUGUUAGGUAUCAUCACCUGGUUUUUGUUUUUAUUUGGACUUUUAAUCUGGAAUGAACUACAAUCCAGAAAUGGAGAGCACGCUUGUGAUCCAGAUCUUGAGGCUGGAAGACACAGGCUUUUAUCCAGAUCUUGAGGAAUAGUGGCCAUGAAAAGCUUUGGCCCAGGCAUAGUGGUACACACCUUUAAUCCCAGGAGACAGAGGCAAGUAGAUCUCUGAGUCGAAGGCCAGCCUGGAAUAGAGCAAAUUCUAGGUGAAGAAAAGCUUAAGUCCAGGUGUGGUGGUACAUGCCUUUGAUCCCAGCAUUCAAGACAGAGCCAUGCGCUUCUCUGAGUUCAAGGUCAGUCUACAGAGCAAGUUCCAGGAUAGCCACGCUUAGGCAGAGAGAGUUGGAAAGCAGAAAGCCAGUGAUAAUGUAGUAGAACAAGGGGGCCAUGUUCCAGCUCUAGCAAGCAGCAGAACUCAGCAGCUUGGGUCAUGUAGCCACUAGAGUGGCCAUUAGAGUGAAAAAAUAGAAGGGACUACUGGGACAAUUGAUGCUGGUUAGCUAGAGCUAAAGAAAUUAGCAGUAAUUAAGAAGAAACUAGCAUCACUGAUGUGAAAUCUGGGAAGUGUUUUCUGAGAGCACAAAGAAGCUGUGUUCCAGAAAUAGACAAGUUUGUACCUUGUGCUAAAGCCGGACUUGCUAAUGUGUAACAAUCACCCAAGGUAUGAAGGGGUCUUGGAAAGCAGCUGAGACUUGGCACUGUGAGAGGUCAGAGAAGGCCACUGGUAAAGGUGCAGCCUCAGUUGCAGUUGAUGGCUCAAACCGAAGAGGUCAUGCAAAGGAGUUAAGGCUCGGCAUCAUGAAGACAGCUUAUGAGAGGCUAUUAGUGAAGCCUAGCUGAAGCAGAAGACCCCAGUGUAUUGGAAAUGCCAGUACCAUGGAAUGAUCACCAAGAAGAGCAGCAGCAGUGGAGUGGAUCAACCUGAACUCAGAGUCCUACAGAGGGACGAGCUGGAGAAGUGAUGCCAACUCUUUGGAGGAGCCCAGAAGAUCAUGCAUGGAUCCCAGACAUUGGAACAAGAUGCUGUAAUGUUGAAGUUGCCUUGGAGACUCCAAGAUGUUCAAGAUGCCAGAGCCAGGGGAUAUAUGCUGAGGAAAGCUGCUAACAGAGAGUGGAACCAACCAAAGAGAAUUGUGCAACACUCAACAAAAAUGAAAGAAGUUGGAGAUCUGAAGAGUGUUUUGACAUCACACAAGAAGAUGCAGAGCUUGGAGUUUGCCCAGCUGGUUUUUGGUUUUGUUUGGUCCAGUAUUUACUAUCAUAUUUUGAAUGCUAUUGUAUAUCCCAAAUGAUGCUUGAGGUAUGUGAUCUCUUUUUCAUUUUGACUUUAUAUAGGAUUACAGGUAAGUGAUUGACUUUUAACAUUGUUGAGACUGCUAUAGACUAUGGGGACUUUUGAAGUUGGACUAAAUAUAUUUUUUUAUUAUGCUAUGGGUAGGUAUGGCCCCCGUAGACUCAUGUAUUUGUAUAUGCUUGGCGCAGGGAGUGGAACUAUGAGGAGGUGUGGCCUUGUUGGAGUAACUGUGUCACUGUAGGCAUUAACUUUAGUACCCUGGUCCUAGCUCCCUGGAAGUCUUCUCUUAGAGGCCUGCAGAUGCAGAUGUAGAACUCACAGUUCCCCCUGCACCACGCCUGCCUGGAUGCUGCCAUGCUUUCUCCUUGAUGAUAAUGGACUGAACCUCUGAACCUGUGAGCCAGCCCCAAUUAAAUAUUGUCCUUAUAAGAGUCGCCUUGGUCAUGGUGUCUGUUCACAGCAGUAAAGCCUUAACUAAGAUACCUGGAGAGAUAGCUUAGUGUUUUCUGUGAAAGAGUGAAGACCUCAAUUAGAAUGCCCAGAACCAAGAUAAAGCUGGGAAUGGGGGGUUGGGGAUUUAGCUCAGUGGUAGAGCGCUUGCCUAGCAAGCGCAAGGCCCUGGGUUCGGUCCCCAGCUCCGAAAAAAAAAAAAAGAACCAAAAAAAAAAAAAAAAGCUGGGAAUGGUAGCACACGUUCUGUAAGCCUAGUCCUCCUAGGAAGAGAUGGGAGGUGUAGGCAGGGGAAUCUCUGGGAGCUUGAGAGACAGCUUGCCUAGCAUACAGGGCAAUGAACAACAAAAGAGACCCUGUCUCAAACAAGGUGGAAGGCAAGCACUGGUAGGACUGUUCAGUGACCUCCACAUAUGCAGCAAGGUCAUGUACCCUCUGUCUCUGUGUCUCUGUCUCUGUCUGGCUGUCUCUCUCACACAGUUCUUGUGGUGUCAGGCAGAAAUAAAUGUAAAACAUCGCUGAAGAACUAGAACCUGAUGACUCUGAUGGGAAAAUAACAUAAUUAUCAGUGAAAGAUGUUUUUAGUGACUUUCAUAGUGUUUCCAUAAUUAUGAAAGAAAAGAUGCCUUAAGUAAAAAAAUGUUUAAAUAAAAUACUGUUCAUGAUAAAUCCUCAAGAAACUAGGGAACAGCAAACCAUUUGCCCUUUUUGGUAUAGGACAGUUAUAAGAACCUAUAGUAAUAUCAUUGCUUAAAACAAAUUUUUAUUACUUUUUUAAAAAAUUAUGUAAUGUGCUCCAUGAUACAUAUGGAGGUCAGAGGACAAGUUGCAGGAGUCCAUUUUCUCUGUUCACCAUGUGGGUCUCCAGGAUUGAACUCAGAUAUUCAGUUAGUUGCAAGCACUUUAUACACCGAGCCAUCUUGCUAGCUUCAGCAACAUCAUUUUUAAAAGUUGAAACAGGAAAUAACCCUCAAGGUCAAGUCACAAGUUAAGGAUGCUUGCAUUCAAUACUUUUAGUCACCAUGUAUGAGGGUUUAGACACUGCAGUUGAGCAACGGAAGUAAAUAAAAGACAUAGAUAAUAGUUUUUUUGUGUGGAUGCAAUAUAGGUUAGAUUAGACCAGAUUAAAAAUAAAGAGAGAUUUAUUAGAUGCUACACCUGGGCAGGUUCACCGUUCCCAAGCAAUGUGACUGGGGAAAUUGCGCACCCAGGCUAAGAAAGAGAUGUUUUAGAGGUCUUAGGCAAGGGGUGAUGUUGUGUCGGCCAGGAGCUGGGAUUGUGUCCAUGUAUGGUCAAAAGCUGAGCCCCUGGGUGGGCACUCUUGUGUGAGGUUCUGGAAAUGCAGAUACAAGGGGUGAUGACUGCAGUUUCUCAGUUUAUGUGGGCAAGCAGGGGUUCCAGCCAAACAAUAGAUAUCAAAAAGUAGGGAGUAAGUCUGCCUUUAUUUAUAGAUAAGAUGUAUAUACAUAGAGAAUACUAGGGAGUCCAUAAGCUUCCUAAUUGUUCAGCAAGGGUGCUGACUGCCGGUUACUACACAUUAAUUGGUUUUGCUUCUGCUUGUAUCUAUUUUCAAUGGAACAAGCUAAUCUAAGUCUAUUGAUUAGAAACCUUGUUACCUAGCAGGCCUGGUGGUCAGAAGUAUGAACUGAGGUGUUGAGUUGACAAAAGCCAUCUAGGAAAGACCAUGGCAAGCGAGUGAGUUUCCUGGAGAUGGCCACCAUUUUGCGUGGCUACAAUGGGUACACUCUGGAGAGGUGCAGCCCCAGAGGCUUCAUCCCAGGAUUGCUUCUCGCGGCUGAUGUGCCUUUCCUGCCACUAUUACAUAGCCUAUAGAUUCCUGGGACUGAUAGUCCACCCUACUGAGCAAAUUUCCUGCAGAUCAACAUGAAGAUAAACUUUAAUAAAUCAAUGCUGUCUGGAUGAAUUAAUGAUUUUAUAGAAUUCCUAAUUUGGGGGUUGGGGAUUUAGCUCAGUGGUAGAGUGCUUGCCUAGCAAGCGCAAGGCCCUGGGUUCAGUCCCCAGCUCCGAAAAAAAGAAAAGAAAAAAAAAGAAUUCCUAAUUUGAUUCAAAUAAUUUUAGGAAAAAAGUUUAAGGAGAUGGUUUUAGUUGUUUUGCCAGAGAGAUGUAAUAAAGUUAGAAUCAAGAAUACAAUGUACCUCCUCCUCAUAGAAUAGUAAGUAAAGGCUGCAGAAUAAGGAAUACCAUGAGCUUUCAUAAAUUACACUAAGAAGAGAAAUAGGCUUGGGACAGAUUUGUGAUCAAGGAUUCAUUGUAGGUCAGGUCCAAGGAUGAAGCCACAGUGCGCUCUAUAGUAAAGCAAGGCCAUGUGAGACUGUUGCUUUGAACUUAUAAUGAGCUUACAGAAUGAAACACUGCUCUGAACUUACUAUCAGCAUCUUUCUGUAACUCCCUUUUGUGUAUCAUUUUAUCUGUGAGGUAAUUUUAUAAAGAACUUUUGUCUAAGAAAGUAUAAGAAGGUCAGAGAGAAGGAAUAAAGAGUGGCAUUUGGGGCUCAGCCCCAUCCACCAAAUGUAUAUAUUCAUAUGUCUGUCUGUCUAUAUGUAUGUAUAUAGAUAUGUAGGUAUAUGCCUAUGAAUAUGAAUGAACACUUGCGGAAUUGAGACCAGUGGUCAGGUUCAGCCAAAGUGUGCGAGUAUGUGUGUAUGUGGGUGUAUGUCUAUGUGUUGUGUGUGUGUGUGUGUGUGUGUGUGUGUGUGUGUGUGUGUGUGUGAUUUUUUCUCUAUCUUUUUCUUUCUCACUGGCUCAUGAAGAGUUAAUGAACUCAGAGCCUCUUGCUUAGCCAGGGAGGUACCCUUGAGCCAGAGAAAAACUAAGCCCUUUUUCUUAAUCCCCUGCUGCUAUCCGGGGAGUCAGAUUACUAGAAGCCAGUGGCUUUUGGCCACAGACUAGCAAAGAGUUAAAGACAGAGCUGCCAACAUAAAGCAGCUUUGGCCAUGACACUGACUCCAUAUCCUUUGCCGCCUUCCUCCAUGAACUGGGUUACAAUGCAGAUUACAAUGCAGUAAAAAAGAUUGCUCAUUGCAGAGACAACCUAAAAUAAACAAAGGGAGAAAAUCGAAGAUAGAGGACUUAGCUAUUUGACUUCAGUAUUUACUAGAGUCCACAGUCCUCAAAACACUGUGCCCUGGCUCUGGUAGCUGUAGUCUAGUACAGUGUGAGUUUAAGGCCAACUUUGUCUCAAAAAUAAAAAACGAGAGCUGGAGUGGAUGUUUGGGAAUGUAGCUCAGUUGCAGAGUGGUUGCCAAACACACUCAAGGUCCUGGGUUUGAGCCCUAGCACUGAAUGCUUCUCAUCCCAGAAUCUGAGAGCCUGAAACAGGAGGAUGAGCGGUUCAAUGUCAUCUUUGUUACAGAGACAGUUUUAGUCUGAGGCUAGGCUGGGCUGUGUGGGCUCUGUCAAAACGAAACAAAACAAAACAAACAGCUUGGGCUGAGCUCAUCACUGGAGGACUCGCCUAGCAUAAGCCAAGCUCCACAUUCAACUUCUGACUGCUUAAAAAAAUGCGUUAGUGACACAGGACGAAAUGCAAGCAAACCAAACAGAGCGGACCCUUGACAGAGUCAAACUUCCAAGGGCCACGGAGCGUCAAAAGGAAAAGAGAGAGAGCAGAGAACAUUAAUCCGAUUCAAGACCACGCUUAUGAACACGCUCAUGGACGUACUGCGCCACAGGCCCGGAUGGGUAGAAGUAAAAGAUGAAGGUGAAUGGGAUUUCUAUUGGUGUGACGUCAGCUGGCUGCGUGAGAACUUUGACCACACCUACAUGGAUGAACACGUGCGAAUCAGCCACUUUAGGAACCACUAUGAGAGUCUUUCUCUGUAGCCCUGGCUGUCCUAGAAUUCACUAUGUAGACCAAGCUGGCCUCAAACUCGCAGAGAUCUGCCUGCCUCUGGGAUUAAAGCUCACCAGGAAAAACUACAUGGUCAAGAACCUAAAGCGAUUCCGGAAGCAGCUGGAGCGGGAGGCAGGAAAGACGGAGGCAGCCAAGUGUGACUUCUUCCCCAAAACCUUUGAGAUGCCCUGCGAGUAUCAUCUGUUUGUGGAGGAGUUCCGUAAGAACCCCGGCAUCACCUGGAUCAUGAAACCUGUCGCCCGAUCUCAGGGGAAGGGCAUAUUUCUCUUCCGGAGACUGAAAGACAUCAUGGACUGGAGGAAGGGCACUGCGGGGAAGAAAGUCACCAGUGUGGAGACCCAGGCUACUCGAGCCAAUGUGAACCCUUCAGGCAGCCAUGACACAAGGAGCUCUGAUGACCAGAAAGAUGAUAUCCCAGUGGAGAACUAUGUGGCUCAGCGUUAUGUGGAAAACCCCUACUUGAUAGGAGGCCGCAAGUUUGACCUGCGUGUCUACGUGCUAGUGAUGUCGUACAUCCCUCUGCGGGCGUGGCUGUACCGUGAUGGCUUCGCCCGCUUCUCCAACACCAGAUUCACAUUGAAUAGCAUCGACGACCACUAUGUUCACCUCACCAAUGUUGCUGUGCAGAAGACAUCACCUGACUACCACCCAAAAAAGGGCUGCAAGUGGACUCUUCAGCGAUUCAGGCAGUACCUGGCCUCCAAGCAUGGUCCCAAGGCGGUGGAGACACUCUUCAGUGACAUGGACAACAUCUUCAUCAAGAGCCUGCAGAGUGUGCAGAAGGUGAUCAUCAGUGAUAAGCACUGCUUUGAGCUGUACGGCUAUGACAUCCUCAUUGACCAGGACCUCAAGCCGUGGCUCCUAGAAGUCAAUGCAUCUCCUUCACUGACAGCCAGCAGCCAGGAAGACUAUGAACUCAAGACCUGUCUGCUGGAAGAUACCCUGCAUGUGGUGGACAUGGAGGCCAGGCUCACAGGAAAGGAAAAGAGAGUCGGGGGCUUUGACCUCAUGUGGAAUGAUGGCCCUGUCAGCAGAGAGGAGGGGCCUUGUGACCUAUCGGGGAUGGGAAACUUUGUAACCAACACUCACUUAGGCUGCAUCAACGAUCGGAAGGAGCAGUUGAGGCAGCUGUUCCGAUCCCUUCAAGUGCAGAAGAAAGCCUCUAGCUGACCCCCAGCCGGAAGAAAUGAGGCCCUGGCAGGUGCCGCCCUGGCCUCUAGCAGCGGGAUCCCAGCACAGUGCACCAGUCUUCACCUUCCUCCAGCAUGGCAGCUGUUUUACUGGAGAGGCAGCCUCAGCUUGCUAAUUGGACCAAACGGACCCUGGACACCCCUCACCCCCCUCCAGCCCUGUGCAUCUUUGAACCAGGAACAGCCAAUCUUUCGAACUGGAUGGGCUCAUCCUUGGCCCAAAGAAGCCAAGCAGCAAGUUCCACCAUUCAGAGAGCAUGUCUAAUAAAGAACAGGCUUAGAGCCACUUAGCGCUGGGCCAGGCUCGGGAUGCUGCUGA